AUGGAUGUGGAUGGAGAAACAGUUAUCAGAAAACAGCAGGAAAGCAUCCGCUGUGAAGGUGCUGGCGCACCAGCUGCGAGGACAGGCCGGGGCGCCGGGGCCUGCGCCCUGCAGGACACAAGAUGGCUCCGGGGACAGCACAGCCGCCCGCGGGCAGUGGUUGAAGGAUUAGCUCUGCUGGAUUUAGGUGUUUCGCCAUAUUCUGGAGCUAUUUUUCAUGAGACCCCACUGAUAAUAUAUCUCUUUCACUUCCUGAUUGAAUACGCAGAAUUUGUGUUCAUGAUAACUGAUGUGCUAACUGCUGUUGCCCUUUACUUGGCCAUCCAGGACUUCAACAAAGUUGUGUUCAAAAAGCAAAAGUUCCUAAUAGAACUGGAUAAGUAUGCACCAGAUGUGGCUGAACUCAUCCAGACACCCAUGGAAAUGCACUACAUCCCCCUCAAGGUAGCACUAUUCUAUCUGUUAAACCCAUACACUGUGAUGUCUUGUGUGGCAAAGUCCACCUGCGCCAUCAACAAUACUGUCAUUGCGUUCUUCAUUUUGGCUACAAUAAAAGGUAGUGCCUUCCUCAGUGCUGUGUUCCUGGCCUUAGCAACAUACCAGUCACUCUACCCUCUCACAUUGUUUGCUCCAGCACUCCUUUACCUUUUACAGCGUGAAUUCAUACCAAUAAAACUGAAAAGUAAAAGCUUCUGGCUCUACACCAUGCAGUAUACAGCCCUGUACCUGUGCAGCCUGGUGGUCAUCAUCUGCCUCUCCUUCUUCCUCCUCAAUUCCUGGGAUUUUAUCCCAUCUGUUUACGGGUUUAUCCUUUCUGUUCCAGAUCUGACACCCAAUAUUGGCCUUUUCUGGUACUUCUUUGCAGAGAUGUUCGAACACUUUAGUCUUUUCUUCAUAUGCGUAUUUCAAAUCAAUGUGUUCUUCUACACCAUUCCCUUGGCAAUAAAGCUAAAAGAACACCCUGUGUUCUUCAUGUUUGUCCAGAUCGCAGUCAUUUCUAUCUUCAAGUCCUAUCCCACUGUGGGAGACAUUGCGCUGUACAUGGCCUUCCUUCCAGUCUGGAGCCACCUUUACAGAUUCCUCCGGAACAUCUUCAUCCUCUCAUGUGUGCUUGUUGUCUGCUCCCUCCUGUUCCCCGUUCUGUGGCAUCUGUGGAUUUAUGCAGGAAGUGCCAACUCGAAUUUUUAUUACGCCAUCACGUUGGCUUUCAACAUAGGGCAGAUCCUGCUCAUCUCAGAUUAUUUCUAUGCCUUCCUCCGGCGGGAGUACUACCUCACUCAUGGACUCCAUUUGACAAGGCAGGAUGGGACAGAGGCCAUGCUUGUUUUGAAAUAAGGAUUGUGCCCACCAUUCCCUGGGACAUGGACCACUCUGAGGAACAUGCAAAGCUUGGGGUAUGUGGGGUGGGUGGGGAAGGCUCCCUGAAUAAGGUCUGACUUUGGGAAUGAUACCUACUGAAAGAAAGGGCUGAGAUUCUUCUGGGAAUACCCUCCUGAGCUGUGUGCUCAAUGCAGAGACUGUAAGAGCUACAAGUAGAGAUGCACUGCCUCCGUUGGAGGAUCUCCCUUCUUCCCUCAGCUGUGCUUUUCACUGCGACCUCAGCCACCAACUCUGGGCAGUCUAGCAGGAACUGGAGAGAGUCUCUGAGCUAAACCAGGGCUGAAUCUCUGGCUCAGAAAGAGCUCAGACCAUAAACUACUAUCACUGCUUCUUGGAGAUAUUUGCUUCUCCUGAAAAUUUCCCUUCACUGCUUUGACCAGUAAUGCUCCUGCCUGGCACAAGGCAAUCUCUGGGUACCUGGUGCCUAAACUCUGGCUGCAGGUGACAUUUCUUGAUUCUACUGUUGUGGGAUUUGGAAAAAUCACAUGUGCUCAGGCGCAGUGGGUGCUUGUGAAACCAGUGGCUGACCAAGGACAAACGACCUGUUGGAAGGAGGACGGCUGGUGCUGCUGCCACAGGUAAUAAAUGAUCUUGGCACUCAAACACUAGUAAGAACUGGAACUGGAGUGAAAGAAGGAGCAGAGUGGUACUGGGUAACCACUGUAUCCAUUGAAGCAACACAGACACUUCGAUGUCAGGAGCUGCACAGCAGCAUUACAGGGUCUCAGGAGAAGGAACGCUGCUGUGAAGAUCGACUCUUGCUACUCCUCGUUUCGGUAGGGUAGCAAAGCUGGGCAGGGCUUACAUGUACCAUUGUGAUUGCUUGGGACAGCAGCCUGGACCUGGAAUGACCAAGCUGCCUGCCUGAGACGGGGAUGAGGGUGUCAAAAUCUCCCCUUUAAAUCCCUGGACCAAAUCCAGGAGGAUGCUCAUCCACCACUGUUCCAAAGUUGUUGGGUUCUGGCUGUUCCACAGCUACUUAACACUAGAGGAUGUACACUUCCCCAUGUUACCCCCUUGCAAGUAGUGAUGGUGUCCUGUGGCUGUGCGCGGGGGGCUCUGCUGGAGCACGGCCCCUUGGUCCCCCCGUGGCUCCCUCUGUGCUCAGACCUGCUCACCCAGGGGCUGCUGCUGCUGCUGACCCCGUGAAUGUGACCCACUGGGGCGAACCCACCGUUCUGGCUUCCUGCUCUGCUGGUUGCCUGGUGGCACAAAGAAGUGGUAAUUGCAGUGUGAAAGCCCUCCCGCUAGUGUCCGGGCAGCAGGCAGCCAGCUUCCCCACCCAUUCCAAGAGAAACCCGAAGGGCUGGGAAUGUGACAACAUCAAAACCAAACUGCACCUGGAACAGAGCAACUGAGAGACCGAUGUGCCCAGGCAGUUGUGUGAACAGCUCUUCUUUCUUUCUGGACAAUUAAAACUUUUGCCUUAUUGCACUGCUAUUAGCGCUUUGGUGGGGGGUUGCUAAUCUGAGCCCAGCUCAGGCCCCCACUCUGGCAGCCCUGGGCCUCCAGCCACUGCGGGGGCAAGCAGGCAGGGCUGUUCUGCCUGCUGGCUGUGUGGCAUGUCAAGGAGCAUAAUAAACUGUGCAAGU